AUGGAUCAUAGUGAUGGGUUUUUCCCCAUAGUAGCAGUCUUUUAUGCUGUCUUCCAUCCCACUGAAGGUACGAAGAUAGUGUACCAAGUCCCUGAGAAUUCCAUUAAAACUAAAACAUCAAACAAAUACAAGAAUGCCGAUAAAGGUAAACAAAGUGUUGACAAUAGUGAUGAGUUUAUUGAAGACAAUGAUACUAGUCAUCUUGAGGGUGAUCAUGACGAUUUUGAUGUUGGAGGUGAAAACGAUAGUACUAAAGGAUUGUUCAAUUUCGAUACAGUUAAGAAUUAUAUCAUUCCAAAGUCUCAACUAUGCAAUAAAUUGAUCUCUGUUCAGAUUGGCAAAUACAAGGUCAUGGGGUACCCUGUUAAUAUUGAGAAUACUGAUUAUUCUAGGAACUCAUUCAAUUUCAAUUUCUGUUUUGUUUUUGAUUGCAAUAGCGAUACAACACCAUAUGAAUCAGCAAUUGAACGGAUGGGUAAAAUGUUUCGUGUUUUGGAGGAACAACUGUUUGUACUAUCAAAAUUGGACAAAGAGUAUAUUUAUUUCAAGAACAGAAGUAUGAUAUCGCCUCUGACCAGUACAGGAACAUCUCCAGGAGUAUCAACUCCAAAUGGUAAUGAAGUUGGAGUGGAGUAUUUUUUUAACCCCGAAGGGAAUUUAGAUCAUUUAAGUACUCCAGGGCAUAAAAAAACGAAAAAUAUUAGUUUAUCAUCGAUUGAGUCUCUUAUCAAUCAAAUAUACCAAGAUUUGAAUACUUAUUCGGAAUGUUGUAUCCCAAUAGAUCUGGCCAAUAGUGUGGAUAUAAAAUUGUUUCCUAUAUUUCCUCCUCCAGUAAACAUUAAGGCUCAGCAUGUUCCAAUUGCUACUGUUAAGUUGAAUCUGUUGGUAGAUUCAACUUGGGAUCCUACAAUGGUGAAGAUUUUACCAUACAUUGAUGGUAUAAACUCGAUUAAAAGAAUAAGUGAAUUGGCUGAUGCUGAUUACAUUUUAACAAAGCAAUGUAUUCAACAUUUUAUGCAUUAUGAAUGUUUGGAGAUAUUAGAUAUUUUUCAAUUCACCAAUAUCUAUGCUCCAACAAACUUUAUUGGGAAGUUUUUGAAACUGUUAGGAAUGGCUGAGGAAUGUCAGGCUUAUGUUGUAGCUGAUUCUUCUAAUUCACUUUCAAAGCUUCCCUUGACGUCAUUCAAUGGGUAUUCUAGUUUGAAAAGUAAUUCGGUACCAAGAAGAGAUACUAAUGAUACUCAUCCAGCCUUGAAUGGCAUAAAGUCAACAUCCAUGACUCUGAACUCAACUCAGGCUCCAUUAUUAAGGAAGGUCAGUGCAUCAUAUGCUCUGGAAUCACCGUCCAAAUCAUUUAUGCAUAGUGCUCGUGGACCGAGUUUGGGAGCAGGAUCAAACAUUAAAAUGGAAAAUGGAAGCAAAAAGGCCACUAUUUCUGUACCCAGCAAAACCACAUUAUUCUAUUUGUAUCGAUCUCUUAACCAACAAUUGACUUUGAGAGAUUGGUAUUUCCACCAUCAGAAACUUUUAGUCAAUGUUGAUAUUAGACGGUUUAUCAAUUUUGGAGUAUCAAGAGGAAUUAUUUAUAGAGUGCAUUCAUACCCAAUCUUGAAUUCCAUCAUUAAAAGCAUUGAGAACGAUGGAGACGAUUCUAUAGAGGCUCUCAUACAUCAAGUUCAACAUGUUAAACGCGUUAGCUUCACAAGUCCUGAACGCAUACGGAAAGAAAUCAAGGACCAAAUCAUUCAAGAAAGGAAUGACUCUGGUACUACUAAUAUUCAUAACAAUAGAUCAUUAGGUCAAGGCUCAAGCACUCAUUUUGGUGACCAUGAAAGUGCAUACAAUAGUGUUGAUCAUACGCUAGACUAUAGUGAUUGGUCAGAAGUUGUUACUGAGGAAUCGGACUCUGAAGACAGCUGGAUUGAAUCUUCAGAUGGAGAAGGCUACGAUCACGAAUCCAGUAGGAAAGAGCAAGAAAUGAUAGAUCUUUUAAAGCUUGUCAAGGGAUUUCAACCAUAUGAUUCAGUAUGUUCUCAUCUUCACAAAUCACGAGCAGAAGUACGCGAGAUGCUUGAAGCCUUAGGGGCAUCAAGCGAGAUCAACGCAUAA